AUGCUUCAACAUACAGUGCUCAAGCUGGUUCCUUCGGAGCAGAAACAGCAGGCGGAGCUCCUGGGAGCAAGUUAUCAGGGACAGGAAGUUCAGGUGGAAGAUUUACAAGUACAUCAGGAAUUGCAACGCAGCCGGGUCGUGGAUCAUUUAGUUCUGGAACUAAAGAUUCUGACACUGAGACACCGGGUUCUGGCUCUUCAAUACGAAAAUAUUCCACUCAGCAAUAUUCUUUCAGUAGUGGUGGUUCCGCAGGUUCACCUGCAGGUACUGGGAGCACCUCCAUUACUUCCUCUACCCAAACCGGUCGACGUCCAGGGAGCAGCAGUACACUUGGUUCAUCCACGUUCACCUCCGGCAGAGGCGGCGCAGGUUCUAGCGCUGGGACUGGAGCUCAUGGACCUGGCUCAAGUAGUCGCCCUUCCACAGGUUCAGCCAGCUUCACCUCAUUCAGGGGCGGCGCUGGUGCUGGUGCUGGAACUGGAGCACACGGGCCUGGAUCAAGUAGUCACAGCUCCACCAAACACUCAUCUUUUAGUGCUGGUUCUACUGGUUCCACUAAGCACACUUCUACUAGACUCACUUCAUCCGGAACUGGUGCUGGCACAGGAACAUUUGGUCCUGGCUCUACUAGUUCCACUAGACUCACUUCAUCAGGAACUGGUGUUGGCGCUGGAACAGGAAGUGGAGCAUUUGGUCCCGGCUCUACUGGUUCUACGAAGCAUUCUUCUACUACAUUCACAUCAUCUGGAACUGGAGCAGGAAGUGGAGCAUUUGGCCCUGGUUCCAGUGGUUCCACCAAACACACAUCUACUACAUUUACGUCAUCCGUGACUGGAGCUGGUUCUGGAUCGGGGACAGGAUUUACCGCUCCCGGUACUACUGGUUCCACCAAACACACAUCUAUUAGAUUUCCAUCAUCUGGAACUGGCACCGGGUCUAGAACCAGUACUGGAGCAUAUACCCCUGGUGCCUAU